GGACAGCUGACAGCGACAGCUGCUUCUGCGCAUGGAGAAUGAAGCUACGCGGCGACAAGACCCACGCAGCGUUCCAGGGAUGAACCUAGCUGCUCGAGUCUGGAUUAUCAUUGUUUUCACAGUGCUCAUAUCCCAGUUUCCCAGCUCCUCAGGCACCGACGCAUGGGGUGUGCGUUACACCACUAAAGGCCCUCUGUACGUGGCGUUGGGUCGAGACCUGGUGCUGACGGCCACUAUUCUGAAUGUUUCAAACGAGACCAGUUUGACCUUGUCGUGGGAGAGGGGGAACCAGGCUCACGGCACAAUGCGUCUGGCUGACAGACCGGGCAGACUCAUCCACCCCAGAGUUACCAUAGAGGACAAGGUGCUGAGGCUGCGCGGCAUGGAAGAGUCAGACUACGGAGACUACAAAUUCACCGCCACUAAUAAAAUAGGAGAAAUGAAACAUGAUACGGUGGCUGUGCGCAAGGCUGAGAGGCCCCCAGCGGCCUCCAUAGUGCUGCUGUGUCACGUGUCUGAAACGUGUCAGUGGGACAGCCCUGUGGUCACAUGGCUGGUGGAUGGGGUGAAGGUGACCAAUCAGGGGGCUCGUACAUCAGAGGGAGGAGCCAAACUCCACCUGCAGGAAGUGAAGGGGCGGAUCUACACCUGCAUCAGUGACAGUUGCCUGGGAACUAGCACAGCACACUUCUUCUUUGCAGGCAAUGUUGCUGUAGCCUUGACUGUCGAAAGGCUUCUAAUCCUGGCCACAUUCGGACUGUCAUUUUAUUUCUGCGGAUUCUAAGGAAGAAAAGAAGAGAAGAGAUGGCGCUGCAUUCUCUCACUGCUUCUGUUAACAAAAAUGAUCAAAAUAAUUAUUUAUUUUGAAUGUAACAGCAAUAAUAAUAAACAAUUAUUUUGAAUGUAACUGCAAUAACAAUAGCAACAGUAAUACCUCGCCGUGGCGGCGGCGGUAUGGGCAAAACCAUAAUAUUCCUGACACGCCCGUAUUUUGACAAUAUAAAAAGUAUUAUGAUGUUUCAGCUCAGUGUUGGAGCUUUUGUUUUCUACCUCAGCAUAGGUUGGCAAAUACUUUCUGGCAGAUCAUCUAGAGUUGACAAUUGCCCGUUUCUGUUCAAUCUAUCUUCAAAAUGUUAAUUAUUUUACUGGUUAUUUUUGUUCACAUGGAAAGAAGAUAAGAUAAUCUCUUUUAUUUUUAUUUUGAGAAUUUAGUGUAUUAUCACUUACACACUGGACUGUUUGUGUUUUGAUUUUGAGCUUGGUAAAAUCUAAUUUAAAAGGUAACGCUAUCCACUGUAACAUGUCUAACCAUCUGUAUACGUAGUUUAUAAGACAUGUAUUAAGCAAUAUCAGUCAUUUGUUGAAAUUCAAAAAAUUCUGGUUAACUGCAAAUAAGGCCUUUAUUAUUGAUAUUAUUGUAAGGACCUACAGUAGUAGUCCCUUAGCACGUCUUAUAAGACUUCAAAUAGACUCUAAAUAGGCAUGUAUUAAUGGUUGUGAACCCUAUUCUAAAGUGUUACUGAGCUUUUGUUGAUAAGUUUGAUAUAAUCCGAAUGUUCCCAAAGCACUGAUAAAAAAUAACAAUUUGAAUCUAUUUAUGUGUUUAUUAUUUAGUUAUUACAUUUCUUUAUCACUUGGACUUUGAUUGUAUGAAGGAUCUGGAUGACUUGUCACUUGUGGAUUUCACUUCCUAUAUUGUUGCACUAAACAGGUUGUUCCUACCUCUACUUUCUUGAGGAAUAAAUAUAGCAUAACAAAAAAAAAUGUUUUGUGUCAAUUCUGUAAUUUGUAUGAAGGUAAUGUUUGUCUCGGGCAGAUCCCAGCUUUUACACAGCUGUCAACACUGGACAGUCUCACUGGCGGAAAGUUACACCACGCCUGACUAAAGAGGAAGCUAGCAGGGUUG